ACUUUAGCAGCUUUUCAAUUUUCAUUGACAUAAGUCUGGAUUUAUAAACACACCCAAGAAGCUGGGUGUCUCGGUCAGGUUCAGGAUUCAGGCUUAAAGAGGAGCUCGUCUCAGGGAGGAAAAUGAUCAUAAAGGCAGUGAUUGGGGUUCUAUGUGCAGCAGUUGUACUGGCCAUUGGUAUCGUAAUCGGUCACUUUGGUAUCAACAACAGCUCGGCUCCAUCCUGGUUGAACGAUGUGGCGAAAGACGUGGAUGAAAGCCUCAUUGAGAAGUUCUUGGCCGAGGUGGACACCAUUCACAUUCAGGAAAACCUACGGGAGCUGACCGAUGUGCCUCAUAUGGCCACCACACCUGGAGAUGAGAAGACAGUGCAGACUAUGCUGAGGAGAUGGCAGGACGCUGACACGGGUCUGGAUGAUGCCUGGAGAGAAGAGUACAACGUGUACCUGUCCUUCCCUGACCCCAAUAAUCCCAAUAAGGUCACUGUAGUGGACGCAGCCAACACUGUGCAGCACUCCAUCAGAGAAAGGGAGAAGGCUUACACUUCAGAUCAAGACGAUCCUGAGGUGGUUCAACCAUACGCUGCAUACUCACCCGCAGGACAUGCAAAGGGGAAACUGGUUUAUGCCAAUCAGGGGAAACCAAGUGAUUACGAACAGCUGAGCCAGACGCUGAACCUCACAGGAACCAUCGCCAUCACCAGAUAUGGUGGAGCAGGAAGGGGAGCUAAAGCCAUCAAUGCAGCACCCUACGGAGUCGUCGGUGUGCUCGUCUACACAGACCCUCUGGACAUCAAUGAUGGUCUCAUGUCAGACACCAACGAGACAUAUCCUCACUCCUGGUACAUGCCGCCCUCUGGUGUGGAGAGAGGCUCCUUUAACAGAGACUUUGGAGACCUGCUCACGCCGUACCUGGCUGCCAAAGAGGAAACCUACAGAAUCCCACCAGAGAAUAUAGUAGGGAUCCCUCCCAUUCCAAUUCAACCAAUCGGAUUCGAGGAUGCCUACAUAUUAAUCUGUGCGUUGGGUGGAGAUGCAGCUCCAAGUGAAUGGCAGGGAGCUUUCAACUGUACCUACAAUUAUGGUGGUCCAGGCUUCAAACCCACAUCUGAGUUCAACAACAGUGAUGUGAAAAUGGACAUUUACAACAAGGAAGUAAUAAAGAACUCCGCAAACGUGAUGGGAGUUAUCAGAGGAAGUGUGGAGCCAGACAGGUAUGUGAUCUAUGGGAACCACAGGGACAGUUGGGUUCAUGGUGCCAUCGAUCCAAGCAGUGGGACAUCUGUCAUGCUGGAAAUUACCAGAGUUCUGGGCCGGAUGGUCAAACAAGGCAUCUGGAGGCCUCGGAGGUCCAUCAUCUUUGGAAGCUGGGGAGCUGAGGAGUUUGGACUCAUCGGGUCUGCUGAAUACACAGAGCAAUACUUCGCCAAGCUCAGUGAACGCACCAUCGCUUAUAUAAAUGUGGACAUAGCUGUGUUUGCCAAUGCCACCCUCAGAGCUUCAGCAAUGCCAUCACUGCAGAAUGUUAUCUUCAAGGCUUCAAAAGAGGUCAAUGCACCUGGAGAAUCCUCCACAUCUGUAUAUGAGGCCUGGAAACUUCAUUCCAACAGGACAAGUCCAACCCAUGGAGUCAUUCCCAGGCUGGGUUAUCUGACAGGAGCAGGAAGUGAUUACGCUGCCUUUGUGCAUUACCUGGGAAUCUCUUCCAUUGAUAUGUCAUACACUUAUGACAGGAGUAAAACAAACGCUCGGAUUUACCCUGCUUACCACACAGCAUACGACACUUUUGACUACGCCUCAAAAUACAUCGAUCCUGGGUUCGUCAGUCACCAAGCCGUCGCCAGGACUGCAGGAAAUAUCCUGAUCCGAUUGGCCGAUAGCCUGCUGUUGCCAUUUAACUGCAGUGACUACGCUGAGAUCCUGGAGGACUACCUCAACACAGCGGUGACUCUAUAUCAGCAGCAACUUGAAGCUCAUAAGAUCUCCAUUGAACCUCUGAAGCGUGCAGUGGCCAUGUUUCGCACUAAUGCUCAGCAACUGGAAAAGAUGAUUCACAAUUCAGACCUGGCAAAUGAAACGCCGCUGAAGGUCCGAAGGAUCAAUGACCAGCUCAUGUUGCUGGAUCGAGCCUUCCUGGACCCUCUGGCCUUCCCAGAUAAAUAUGCAUUCAGGCAUGUUAUCUGGACUUCAAGCAGUGCCGGCAAGGCAACUUUCCCAGGUUUGGCUGAUGCCUUCGCCCAAGCUGAAUCAUCAGGACUGGACAGUGACUGGGAUAAAGUGCACUAUCACCUGUCAGUGGUGAGCCAAGCCAUCGAGGGAGCUGCCAGCACACUGGCUGAUGUCAUAUAGACACAAAUUAGGAGCAAGGAGCUUCACUAAUUCAGGAAAUAAAAGACAAUUAGCAGUGAUGCGCCGUGAUGAGACUAUUUAUGCAUGGUACCGCAUAAGGGGAAUGGCAAUCAAUAAAAUUCUAAGGAUAAGAAUGAAUAAUGUUUUCUAUCUUUGUCACAGGAUGAAGAUUUAUCUUUUUUAUUUAAGCACUUCAUAAAAGAGGAACCACAACAGCUGAUGUUAAUACAGUUAUGACAGAUGCGGCAGUGGUCACUACUGAGUGAAGUCAUUAGCCUUGUGCUAAAUCCAGCUUAUUUACUGCAACUUUGUGUAAACUAUUAUGAGAUUGUAUGUUCAUUAAUAUGCACUGUCCUGUUCAAAUAAAUAAAUAAAUGAAAUGAAAAGUG